AUGACUACCCCCCUUCCUAAACGAGAUGAGCGCUCCGCUCCAAAGUUCGACCCGAAAAAUGAGGCACUCUUGCCGAAUUUCUUCGAAGAGUUCGAACGCACGGCUAAAGCGGCAGGGAUUGAUGAAGACGUCGAGAGGAUGAAAAGGACGGUCCUAGGAUACCUCGACGCCAAGACCAUGAGGUUCUGGCAGUCGCUGGACACUUUCGAAGACGACACGAAAACAUGGGAGGACUUCAAGACCGAGAUAUUGGACUAUUACCCCGGCGCUACAGGCACAGCCGAAGUCACUACCGAAGAGUUGGUACGGGUUGUCGAAACCUUCCAGAAGAAAUCUAUCUCCACGACCCAGGACUUGGCAGAGUACCACAGAGAGUUUGCAGUAGUGGCUAAAGCCUUGCGAACCCAGGGGACCCUCUCCGAGAUACUCAUAGCUCAGCACUACGUCCGUCCCUUUCCAGAAAACAUUCGGACCCGCAUAGACACCGGACUCUAUGUCCAUUAUCCCACUAAAAAGAACCCAAAGACUCCGAAGAGUCCCUGUCCCAGCAAGUAG